AAACUUCUUCUUAGAAGAUAGAUGGUUGACUUCCCACACAUUAUACUUAUAUGCAGGUUCCUCGUCAACUGUUGGGUUCGGGGCAGUAUUAGGAAUUGAGUGGUUUUAUGGAACAUGGUGUCAAGCUGCAUUUGAAUACCACAUUACAGCACUAGAGCUAUAUCCAAUUGUAGCUGCUAUCUAUACAUGGGGAGAAAACCUUUGCUAAUAGGGCUGUCUGCUUGUUUACCGACAAUUUAGCAUCAGUGUACAUCAUCAAUAAACAAUCUUCUAAAGAUCCAGUCAUUAUGACUAUGGUACGGGUUAUGGUACUGUUGUGUUUGAAACACAAUAUCUUGUUCCGAGCAUCUCAUAUAGCAGGGGCGACAAAUAACUUAGCUGAUGCCCUGUCUCGUUCGCCGGUACAGCUGUUCAAAAUGCUGCUGCCAUCUGCCCUAUGCCAUCCCACUCGAAUGCCAUGCCAGAUUGCCCAGGAACUGUUUUUCAAACCCUAAAUGAUCUCUUGGAGGCGUCUCUGUCUAAGCCGUCACAUAAGUCAUACAAUCAUGCGUUACAACUUUUCAAUCGGUUCUGUCUUCAAUACUUACAUCUUCAUGUCCGGCUACCAAUCAAUUACACAAUUGUGGUACUUUAUGUGGCGUAUGCCCAUAGUAUGAAAUUUGCACAUUCAACAAUUGCAUCACAUCUAUCGGCAAUAUCUUUCGUGCAUAACCUGCACGGCUACGUAGACCCAACAAAAACAUUUUUGGUUCGCAAGGCAUUACAAGGCUCCGCUCGCCUCGCUCGUUCAUAUGACACACGUUUACCUAUAACCGAACACAUCUUGAUAAAACUUUGUAAGGCACUUCCUUCUACUGUGUCAGAUCCAGAAGUACAAGUCUUGGUACAGGCGGAUUUUACUGUGGCCUUUUACAGCUUAGCACGGACAGGGGAAUUGCUAUCUAACAAUGCUCACGUUAAUCAUCUCCUGCAGCUUUCAGAUGUAGCGUUUGAGCACAAUGAUCGGAUUGCUGUCAUGAUGCAUAUCACUUUCAGAGAAAUUAAACAUAAUACUGCUUGCAAACCUCACGUUAUUCCAGUGGUGGCUAUUUCGGAAUCAUUAUUCUGCCCGGUUCAGUCGGUAAUCAAGUUUGGUCAAAUACGUAGUUCAGGGUCCGCCCCACUCUUUGUUCUGCCACGCGGUUUACCUUUCCCACGAAAGCGUUUCGAUGCCAUCACGAGUAGAUGUCUUCGGUUUUAUGAUCUUGAUACAUCUCGCUACAAAGGUCAUAGUUUCCGAAUAGGUGGGGCUUCAUGCGCUGCAGACAAAGACUUAUCUGACGCGCAAAUUCGACAACUAGGUCGUUGGAAGACAGAUGCCUUCAAGAGAUAUAUCAGAACAACUGCCAUUUGAUAUUGAUGACAAAACAACGCCAAUAAGACAUUGUAGCGGGACGCUCGUCUUUGUUGGUUUUGUUACACUCUGGUUGUAUAACUGUUUUAUCAAGUUCAAAGUUUUGUACUUAACAUUUACACCAGUCGUCACUUAAAGACAGGUUUACAACUUCUGUAGCUAUUGCAGACACCAACUUGUGUAAAACAAAGCCUAUU